UUUUUUUGGGGGAAGACAAGUGCUAAAAUUAGCACCUAUAGUGCGUCAAUCUUUGAUGACUGUUUCUUCUUGUUUCUGGUGUUCACAUGUAUGAUGUUUUGCAGGUUGUUCACUUUCGAGCCCUGGAAAAGCCUAAGGAGGAUGAUUUCUGUCUAGAGUUGUCAAAGCUUCAUACAUAUGAUGAUGUUGUGGAACAAGUAGCUCACCAGCUUAAUGUGGAUGAUCCAUCUAAAAUUAGGCUUACAUCUCAUAAUUGUUACUCUCAGCAACCCAAACCACAGCCUAUUAAGUACCGGGGGGUGGAUCAUUUGUCAGAUAUGCCGGUCCACUACAAUCAGACUUCUGAUAUAUUGUACUAUGAAGUAUUGGACAUACCUCUGCCAGAAUUGCAAGGUUUGAAAACGCUUAAAGUAGCGUUUCACCAUGCUACAAAAGAUGAAGUGUCCAUUCACACUAUUAGACUGCCAAAACAAAGCACUGUGGGUGAUGUUAUUGAUGAACUUAAGACAAAGGUUGAGUUAUCUAAUCCAAAUGCAGAACUCAGAUUGCUCGAAGUUUUCUACCACAAGAUUUAUAAGUUUUUUCCUGCCAAUGAAAAGAUAGAGAACAUAAAUGAUCAGUAUUGGACAUUACGAGCAGAAGAGGUUCUCUCUCUCUCUCUCUCUCUCCUGUCUUGGCAUACAUAUGUUACCUUUAUGCUUCAGUGUCAUCAAAACCGUUUUAACAGGUAGUAAAAUGUGUAGCAU